AAGAACAAUAAAUUACAUUCAUUGCAAUUGUUUUUUCGCCGGCCAAGACACAACCAAUUAACACCUGGGCAAGUAAAGUAACCCCACGUAUAUAAAACCAAUUUGAUGCUGAUUGACCCCUGUUUUCUUUCUUUAGCUCUCCACUUUUUUCCAAGAACCCGUAAAUCACUUUACUCUCAUUGCGAUCAAGAUGAAUGAUUUGCUCAGUGAAUCGUUUGUGAGUGAUGCGAGAGAGCAUCCUCCAAGAGAUAUGGAUAUUCAGAUGAGUACUCGACUUCCUAGAAGUAAUUCAGACAUGGGAAUGGAAACUUUUAAUAAGCAGAUACAAGAAAUAGAGAAACAAGUGGAUAAGCUUUCGGGGUUAUUGAAAAAACUCAAGGAUUCUAACGAGGAGUCAAAAUCCGUUACAAAAGCAUCUUCCAUGAAAGCUAUUAGGAAACGAAUGGAGAAAGACGUUGAUGAAGUGGGAAAGAUUGCACGUAAUGUAAAAGUGAAAAUAGAAGCAGUCAAUAAAGAGAAUUUAGCCAAUCGACAAAAACCGGGUUGUGGGCCCGGGACCGGUGUAGACCGCUCUCGUACAAAUAUGACAAAUUCUUUGGCUAAGAAGUUCCGGGACAUAAUGACGGAAUUUCAGACUUUAAGGCAAAAGAUCGAUGAUGAAUACCGUGAGGUUGUGGAAAGAAGAGUCAUAACAGUUACGGGAACCCGACCCGAUGAAGAGACAAUCAACAACCUUAUAGAAACUGGAAAUAGCGAACAAAUAUUUCAGAAUGCUAUGAAAGAAAUGGGGCGAGGACAAGUACUAAAUACAUUGGAAGAAAUCCAAGAACGACACGAUGCAGUGAGGGAAAUUGAAAAGAAGCUUUUAGACCUACAUCAGAUAUACCUUGAUAUGGCGGUUCUUGUAGAGGCUCAAGGAGACCUAUUGGAUAAUAUUGAAAGCCAGGUAACGAAUGCAGUUGAUCAUGUCCAAUCAGGGACAACUGCAUUACAAACUGCAAAGAAACUACAGAAGAACAGUAGAAAAUGCAUGUGUAUUGCAAUAAUUUUACUGUUAAUUAUAAUAGCUAUAGUUGUAGUUGCUGUUAUUCAGCCAUGGAAAAGUGGCAAGGGAGCUUGACUCGUCUAAUAUUACAAACGAGUCACAUGUGCAAAUUUUUGUGUUUCAUAGU